AUGACGCGCUCGUCGCCCUUGAGGAGGACGCAAUUGGCCUCGACUCCCGACAGAGCCAUACGGUCCAGCUUCCUCCUCGAUGAUCGAAACACGGAAACCAGCCACCUAGACGCGCUCGCUGCCGCGCAGGCGGAACACGACCGAGUCCGCGAGGCCGCCAUUCGUGUGUACGAACUUCACGAGUUGAAAGAGGAGCACCAGCGUAUACUGGACCAAGAGCGCAGGGAGCAGGAGAGGCUGAAAGCGGAGGCUGAAAUCGCGGCAGAGGAAAAGAGGCUUCAAGAGUUACGGGCGAAAUCGAUACCAAAACCUCCUCCGCCCGCUGUGCCUGAACCUCCCAAGCCAGUCGAGCAGCGUCCCGGCGAGAUACACCGAGAGCUCAAGACACUGCGCAAGGACCUGAUGGCAUUGUCCAAGGCUCCGGGCUCUCCGUUGAAGGGAAGGGUGGGAACGUUUAGAAGAGAGAUUCGAGUCGCAAUCGGGCAGCUCACCAGCGGCAAGGGCGCCAAUGUUCAGCCUACCAAUCGGAUCAUGGCCAUCUUGAAAGAAGCUGUAUCGGGCCGGAUUGCCAGUCCUCCUGUCGAGGUCAGUCGGUUCUUGGCGGAAUCUCGUCCAUCAGCCAAGGUUGCGAACAGCGGCGCAGGUCUGCCCUCCCUCUUCAUCUACCUGAUCAACAUUUGCGCCAAGGGCAUCAUCAGCCAGUUCAUCAACGAAUGCGGUGCCAAUCCCAAGGCUGCAGAUCCAAUUGGAGUCUUUACUGCCCAACUCUUCUCGCACAAGGAUUUCCAGUGGCAGGGACAGUCCCUGAUCGAUAUCCUCCUGGCAAAGUUCCGCAUCGUUUGCCCCGUCCUCUUCGGCUUCAGGGGCAAUGACAAGACGGAGAGAGGCAGACAUGCCAUUGGGUGGCGCAAAGACGGGUCCUCGUGGAUCACGGAGCAGAGCCACAACGACCGGAUGGCGGGUCUGGGUGCCGGCUUUGCAGCUGUGUCCCUACGAGACUUUAGCAAGUCGUCCAAGGAAAAUCCUUAUCCGCCAACGCACUACUGGAAGGCACUCGCCGGCAUCGUCAAUUCGCCCCCAAACGAGACGUCAAACACACAGUACGUUGUCUUGAGGUCCAUGAUUGAGGGGCACGAACAGCGAUUCCUCAACUUUUACGGAAACGCGGCCGUUGUCGCCCUGCGACUGGCCCUAGUUGAGUUUCCAAAGAGGGCGCCAGAGCACGCCUCUGCGGCGGGAACACUGCGUGCGCUAGCCGAGGUUUUGCGAACUGAGGGCGGGUUGGAUUUGGCUUAG